GUUUUGCUGUCUGAAUUGUAUGGUUUUAGGGGGUUGUUAAUGAGAUAUAAAAGUUAAUAUUGACAAUAUAGCAAACGUUGCUCGUAAUUUAGGUAUUUAAUCAGCAAAAAAUGAGUUCUGGAAAGAAAACUGGCGGCAAACGUUCGCCAAAGCAAAUAAGCCAUGUGUUAUGUUGUCGAGCGUGCCUCGCGACUGAAGAGAGGCUAGUGAACAUGCUUGAGCAUAAACUUGUUGGAGAGUUCUUCCGUGUUACAGGGAUUGUUGUAAGUGAGAAGGACAAGCUUCCGCUGCACUUGUGUGUUCGGUGUGCUGCUUUCAUGCAGCGCUGCGCUGCGUUCAGAGCCAAGUGUAUUCGGACCAACGAGUUACUACUACCUUUGAAGGGAGAAUUGACUAUAGACUCCGUUCGUGCCAUGGACCGCUUCGCCAACCGACUGGUUGACCUGACUCGAACUAACAUCGAGAUUGACAGUAUAAACGCACUAGCCACGCCACUUGUUAUAGAGCAACCUAUAGCAACUGAUGAAUUAAAAAAAGCAUUGUUUAUGGAAAUACAGAGUUUCAACGAAAAUGAGAUUAAUAUUAACGUUGUAAAAAAUGAUAGAGAUAAUAGAAUAAGUGAGACUGAUGACAUGUUUGAUGUGGAAUAUCUUGAUACAUUUGAAGAUGAUAAUUAUGAUGAUACAGCAUUAAAAAAUGAAGCCAACAGUGAUGUAAAUAAUGCAGAAAAAGUUACCAUUGAUAAGAUAGUGACAAGGAACAGAAAUGUAAAUACAUCUGUGCAAAUGAAAAGACAGAGAAAUAAUAAUUAUACAGAAGAUAAAUUUGAUAAUGCAGAUAGAAGAAGGAAGAAGAAGUUGAGGUCUGCAGAGGACGGUUUUUUGCCAACAGUGAAUUUGGAAGAAUUUAAGAUAGCCCGUAACGUGGACAUUGAAAUACUAACGCAUGAGGAGCAGAUAGCUGAGAUAAAGGCUCGCCGAGACACGGAGGAGUACAAAAGUUCACGGCACCCGUGCGAGCCCUGCGGGAGGCACUUCAGGUCCUAUGACACCUACAGGCACCACAAACUCAAACAUGACAGGAAAGGACAACACGAGUGCCCGGUGUGCACGAUUCGUUUUAGCCGGAAAGGCAAACUGUGGAUGCACUACGAUACACACCGGAUCAAGUAUGUGUGCAGGGAGUGCGGGUUCGUUUCCCGGACGAGAGCUCAGGCGCGCCUGCACCACUUGUUUCACGCCGGCAAGAUAUACCGUUGCAAGUACUGCGGGAAAGAGUUCAGGAAGCAGUCGACGUACCUCGGGCACGUUCGCCAGCGACACAAGACGCUGAACGUGGCGUGCGACAUGUGUGGCGAGACCUUUAUCAACCAGAUGGGCCUGGGCAUGCACAAGGCGUACGAACACGGCGUGCUACAGCUGAGAAAAAAGUAUCGAGAAUGCAAGGCCUGCUCAGUGACGUUCAUCAGCGAAGACGCCUUGAAGAAGCACCAGGAAGCCGGGGUCCAUAAAGAUGACGGGGAUCAUGCUGCGAUGAGGCCGUGCGUGCAGUGCGGGGACAACUUCGGUAGUGACGACGCACUGAAGGAACAUGCGGACGCGGAGCACCCGAGCUGCGAAGUGGUUAGUAUGUAGUGUGUGCUGUCAAGAUGGCGUCGGGAUCAUGCUGCGAUGAGGCCGUGCGUGCAGUGCGGGGACAACUUCGGCAGUGAGGACGCACUGAAGGAACAUGCGGACGCGGAGCACCCGAGCUGCGAAGUGGUUAGUAUGUAGUGUGUGCUGUCAAGAUGGCGUCGGGAUCAUGCUGCGAUGAGGCCGUGCGUGCAGUGCGGGGACAACUUCGGCAGUGAGGACGCACUGAAGGAACAUGCGGACGCGGAGCACCCGAGCUGCGAAGUGGUUAGUAUGUAGUGUGUGCUGUCAAGAUGGCGCCGGGGAUCAUGCUGCGAUGAGGCCGUGCGUGCAGUGCGGGGACAACUUCGGCAGUGAGGACGCACUGAAGGAACAUGCGGACGCGGAGCACCCGAGCUGCGAAGUGGUUAGUAUGUAGUGUGUGCUGUCAAGAUGGCGCCGGGGAUCAUGCUGCGAUGAGGCCGUGCGUGCAGUGCGGGGACAACUUCGGCAGUGAGGACGCACUGAAGGAACAUGCGGACGCGGAGCACCCGAGCUGCGAAGUGGUUAGUAUGUAGUGUGUGCUGUCAAGAUGGCGCCGGGGAUCAUGCUGCGAUGAGGCCGUGCGUGCAGUGCGGGGACAACUUCGGCAGUGAGGACGCACUGAAGGAACAUGCGGACGCGGAGCACCCGAGCUGCGAAGUGGUUAGUAUGUAGUGUGUG